UAACCAAAAAAAAAGAAGAAAAAAUCCAAAUCUAAUUCCACAUCUCACUCAAAAACACGCCAUUUUCCUCUCCCUUCCUUCAAAAAAUGGAGAAUCUAUGGCGAGCAGCAACGGGUCAGGACCCGAAUCCCGAUGAUUAUAAAGGCGUCGAGUUCUGGACCAACCCGGAACGAGCCGGUUGGUUAACCAAACAAGGUGAUUACAUCAAGACUUGGCGACGCCGUUGGUUCAUCUUGAAACAAGGCAAACUGUUAUGGUUCAAGGAUCCGACUUCGGUCAGCCGCCGAUCUUCUCCUCGCGGUGUUGUUUCAGUAGGAUCUUGCCUUACCGUCAAAGGAGCUGAGGAUAUCGUCAAUAAGGCAUUCGCUUUUGAGCUCUCCACUCGAGAUUCCACCAUGUAUUUCAUCGCUGAUACGGAGAAAGAGAAAGAGGAUUGGAUCAAUUCGAUCGGUCGAUCUAUUGUUCAACAUUCGAGAUCCGUUACUGAUUCUGAGAUCGUCGAUUACGAUAGCAAAAGCAGGUGAUUUUUCUGAAUUUUUUGCUCUCUUUUUUAAUUUUAAUUUUCGUCUUUUUUUUAAUAUGUGCUGUAAAUUUUGGUUUGUAGAAAUAAAGACUAAAAAUACUUGUGCUUGCUUUAA